AUUAGAGGCCCAGGUCGUGGCGUCCAAGGGGACAAGAGGCCUUAAAUUCGCACAUGACAGAGGUGUUGCAUAACUAUAUAUAUUGCCAUAACGCCAGUAGAGUGCAUAGUUCAAAUCUGUUCUGCAGUCAAGUUCCUAUUCUUUCAAAAUGAAGUUCUUCGUCGUUGCUUUGGCCCUGAUCGCUGCAGUUGCUGCCCAGGAUGAAGCCAUGUACACCUCCAAGUUCGACAACAUCAACCUGGAUGAGAUCCUGCAGUCGGACCGUUUGUUCAAGAACUAUUACAACUGCCUGACCGAUGCUGGACCAUGCACUCCCGAAGGAAACGAAUUGAAGCGAGUCCUGCCGGAAGCUCUGGAGACGAACUGUGCCAAGUGCAGCCCGAAGCAACGUGAAGCUGGAACCCGUGCCAUCAAGCAUGUGACCGAGAACCGACCGGAGGAAUGGAAGGUCCUGCGGGCUCGUUUCGAUCCGGAGAACAAGUACAUCGAGCGAUUCUCUGCUGAAGCCGAGAAGGAGGGUAUCAAGUUGUAAACUGUGGCUUAUUGAAUCAUUGUUUAUGUGUGUUAUAAAUAAAAAAGUUUAUUGAAAAA